GGGCAGCAUGGCCUCGGGAGCAGGCCCGGCCUUCGAGGAUCUCCCCCACGAUGGCACAUGCGAUGCCUGUGAGCCCGACGAGGCGGAGCGUGCGGUGCAGCUCUGCGACAGCUGCGGCUUCUGCUACUGCCAGCCCCACGCCCGAGAACACCGCCAGAGGUAUCGCAGCCACCAGCUGUGGGACUACGGGGGCCCUGACGGGGACCCUGGGGAGCCCGAGAAGCUGGAGAGGAAGAAGUGCCCCGAGCACGACCAGGAGCUGAGCCUGUACUGCAAGGAGGACGAGCAGAUCAUCUGCGUGCUGUGCGCCGUGGCGGGCUCCCACCAGCAGCACCCCCUCAGCACCUUGGACGAAGCCUACGAGACCAUGAGGAACAGAGAACCGGUGGAUCUGAAAGUGGCCAUGCUAGAGAUGGUGGAGAGGCUAAAAUUCAAGUGCGGGGAUCCCAGAGUCAGCCGGAGUGAGAUGAAAGUCUGUAUCCAGCAGGAGUUCGACAAGGUACGGCAGCAGGUCUGCGAGGAGGAGCGGAAGGCCCUCCACCUGGUGGACCUCCAGGAAGCCGUGGCCACGGCCCACAUGACGGAGGUCCUAGCUGAAAUUCACGUGCACAUGGAAAAGUUGAUGGCGGAGAUGGCGGAGAUAAGGCACCAGCUCGAUGCCUUCAACGAGUUGGCUUCGAUGAAACCAGAGAUCAGAGAUGAAGAAUUCAGACGAAAUCCUUUCCCGGCUAUCCCUCCAAACCGAGGGUCUCAUAGAUACGAUGAUGAUGACCCUUCAUCAGCCAACGGGCCCUUCUGAGAGGUGGAAGCCAUUGUUUUGCUGGAUGGAAGAGUGCCUCGUCAGGAAAACCCCUCUCCACCCAGCCUGCUAAGCAGAAAAACAUACAGGAGAAGAGAAAAAAAUGAAUGCCUACUUGUUUGUGGCAGCAGCAACACAAAGUCGUCCGUUCUUCAUGUGUAUGUGAAUGCGUGUGUGUUUUCACCCUCCUACUUCUCCAUGAACUUUCCAACAACAGCUGUGUCCAAAGCCCCCAGGUCACAGACAUGCAUCUCCCCCAGGACUGUGGUCUUCUGUCUGCCAUGUGCCUCCCAGUUCUGUCAUAGUGGGCGUUAGAAGCAGUUCUAUGCCAGGACCAGGGUAGAAUGGUCCUUUGUGAAAUCCCUCAAUUGUGAAGUCCCUGCAAGUUAGCAGUGACACAGGGAAGGCUCUUCCAUAGAAGAGUAAAGAACUCAGUAGAAUCCAGAGCUAUCAGGCUUGGGCAGGGUGACUCUUUUGAACCUACCUGCCAACAACCGGAAAACCUACUUUAAUCUUAUUUCAUCUUGACAAAGUUGGAAACAGUAAUGGAGCCCUUUCGUUGAUGCUGGUGCUUUGAAAGGGUGUGGCCAUUAAUUAAGAUGGAUACCUUUUCUGUAAAGGAAAGAAAAAGCCAUGUGAGCCUGAGAAAUACAAAGGUAUUUUUCAUUGCUGGGGUCGCCCAGGACUUCAGUUUCUUCAUUCAGUACUGGGAGAUUAACCCUUGACUUUAAAGAUGAAAGUUUGCUUCAGUUAAUUGACAUGCUAAUUGCUCAAGUCUUCAAGGUCAUCUAACAAGGGUUCCUAGCACCAUAAGGUCAAAGCCUGGUUUCUCUUUUGGAAUUCUGUGGGUUCCCAUGUUAUUCAAGCCACAUUAAAGGCCAGGGUAUCUCGUGGUAGCUUUGACGUGGGUUUCUGGUCUCCUUGUUUUAAAAUGCAGUGAGAUCCUCGUAUCCAAGGGAUGCAUUGAGUUGAUCUUCAUCCCAAGUUUAUGCUUUUCUGAUAUCUCCUAACUCCUAGAAGAUAAUCCAUCCUUUCUAGCCCUCUAUACCUAGAAACCUCUAAGUUAUUUCCAGCACCCUGGCCUUUUUCAAGUCAUGGAAAAUGACAGACAACCACUAAAGGACCAGAAGGGGGUUUCUUUACCUACCCUUGUCUGCAAGCUCACCUUCCUUUGCAAGCUUUGGUUUUGGGGAUACAGCACCUCCAAGUCUCCUUUUGACACACACCCCAAGCCACAACCAAAAGCAAAAGCCUGAUCCCUGAGGAUGGAAGCCCAUCAAUGCCUGCUUGAUGGCUUCCCACCUGGUGACAUCUUUAGCUCAAUGAUCUUCUGAUCUGGGGGUGGGCUGGGAGGCCUUAGUGUGUGGGUGGGCAAUAGUUUACUAUGACUGGUACCCAGUAAUGAAAAUGGGACUUGUUUUCUCUUGGAAUUCUGAUUUUUGCUGUUGAAUCUUGUGUGUGGUGUGAAAUUAUUUCUCUGUGGAAGGUUCCAGACCAACAUCUCCAACAUCUUCCCCAAUGCAGGGUUGUUACUAGGGUGGGAGCAAAACGGUCUCUGCCUCAAAGCAGCACAUUUAAAGGACGUCCUGUAUCUUGAUGUACUUUGAUUGCCUCAGCACUAUAGAAAAAAUAACAGUACUAGAGAGCAUUUAUUAAGCACCUACUAUUUGUCAGGCACUAUGCUGAGUGCUUUACAGUUAUACCAUUUGAUCCUCACACCAAGGAGAUGCUACUAUUCCCAUUUUACAAAUGAGGAAACUGAGGCAGAUAGAGAUUUUUAAAUGGCUUGCCCAGAGUCACACAGCUAGGAAGCAUCUGAGGCUAGAUUUAAACUCAAGUCUUCCUGACUUCAGGCCUAGUGCUUUGUCCACUGUAGCUACUACAACAGAAUUUACUCAGUAAGCAGGAAUAAUAGGAUAUUAUCAGAUGACCCAGGAUGAGUUCCUCCCUCACCCUUCCUUACCAAUCUAGAAAUUGUUAUUAAGGGCAGCUAGGUGGCACAGUGGAUAAAGCACUAGCCCUGAAUUCAGGAGGACCUGAGUUCAAAUCCGGCCUCAGACAUUUGAAACUUACUAGCUGUGUGACCCUGAGCAAGUCACUUAACCCUCAUUGACCCGUUUUAAAAGAAAAAGAGAAAAAGAAAAAGAAAUUGUUAUUAAGUGCCUACUAUGUGUCGGUCAUUGUGUGCUGGUCAUUGUGCUACACACUGGGAACCCAACAGCAGAAAUGAAGCAAAUUAUCUCCAGCCCUAAAGGAUGUCAUAUUCUCUCCAAUCCAGCAGCCUCACACCAGUGUCCUGAGGGCUCUGCCUCCCAAAACAGAAGAAUGUCUCCCCCCAGCUCAGCCGAGGGCACAAAUCAUGCUGCUAAUUCAGAGAACACAGAUUCCUAGAUAUAGUUUGGUCUCCUCCACUCACCACCACCACCACCACCACCUCCAUCUCUUCAAUGCCAUCCUGCGCCCCAGUAGGAGCCAUGUCAUAGGAAAAAGCAAACAGGCUUUAGAUGCUUCAGCAAGACCUUGUUUCCUCAUCUACAAUCUGCUUAUAAGUACCUAAGCCCCCCUGAACUGUCAAUUGCCCUUCGGUUUGGAGAGAAGGAUGACGCUGGUAUUUUAUCGAUCAGACUCCAUCCUACUGCUUGUACCAAGGACAGCUAUCCUAACAGAACUGCUUUCAAAGGUUAUUGCUUCAGAGCAGACUAGAUGCUUCUGAGGAGUUAUUAGGUUUAUAGUAUAGAGCCUGGCUCUGCUUUCUUUUCUCAAUCAUGACUUCCGCCAUGUCCCCUUAAAAUAGUAACUCUGUCCUUGUGAUGGGCAAAUUCUCAAGGCCUCCAAUAGGGCAUAAGAGCUGAUUUUUUUUUUUAAAGUUUGCAACCUGAAUCAUGAUUUUGGAAAUCCGGGAGUUUAUGAGAUGGUUAUAACCAAGAAUAUAAAAAUAUACUGCAACUUGUCCAAAUAAAUUAUCAUAUCUCAAUAAUGCACAGGGGAAAGCACUUUAGCUUUUUCUUAAGAAGGAUUUAAAAUUUGCUUUAUGGCCUCUUGCUGUCCAUAGUGCCUGAUAAAACUUUAACCGGGGAAUCUUUAAACCCACAGCAAUGGUUUUUGCCCAGGCCUCAUCCGUGUCUGUCUAGCACAGACAUCAGCCUGGAGCCGUGUCCAUUUCCCCAAAAAACCCGAUACUAACUUUUGCCAAACUAUAGGGUGACCUCUUAGCCCUUGAACAGAAGAGUGACGUGGCUCCCAUCCUCCUCUAGGACCAUGCUGGUUCUCAAUUAGGUCCUGAUUGGCCACAGGCCCCCCAGGUCUAUGAGAGAGUCCCCUAGGAGGAUUCAUCAGAGGAAGUGGGUAAUGUCUCCAUGAUGAAUUGGGUGCUGAUUACAGUGCAUGACUGCCAUUGAAAUGUUUUAUUUUGGAAGGAAGGCUAGGGAAGGUUCAUCAUGUGAUUGAUUUAAUUAAUUCAGACUCAAGCCCAAGGAGUUCUGGGAAACAGACUUGUUAUCAGCAAAAUUCAGGAAUUCUCUCCAUGGGGCUCAUUGAGAAAAUAGAAAAAAAUACUGAAGGUGAAAAAAGGGAGAAUAGAAUGACCUCUGGAGAUGUCAGUUUGGAUUGAAAAGUCCACAAUUAGCAAAGCUGCAAGCCCACCCCCGAAAUUAGAGGGAGUCUGAAAUGUCAAAAUAUUAAUAUUUUACUGUUGGUCCCCACCCUCCCCCCCAAAAAAACCCCAUCACCUUCACAAUGAAACAUUAUUUAUAUCCUCACAGUGGUCAAUGAAUUAUAGAAAUGAUGGUUGUUGGUUUUUUCUACUUGGGAACAACAUGAAUUAGUCUCCAAUUAUGUUCAGAGCCUUGUGUUCAGAACUGGAGAAGAUGGAAGGGAACACCCAUUUAUUAAGCAUAUACCACAUACCAGGCACUGGGCUAAGCACUUUACAAAUAUCUCAUUUGAUACAAAGUUUAGAUAAUACAGGGCCCCUGCCCUCAAGGAAUUUAUAGUCUAGGUCGGGCUAUUGGAGAACCUAAUAGAAAGCCAUAAUUGCAGCUGGAAGUGACAGCCAGGAUGGAAAAGAUAAUUGGCUUCCCCACUCGCCACCCUGGGCCAAUACGAGCCCAUUCCAUUUGCCAUGAGGAAAAUUUCAGAUAUAGGUUCAAAUCCCAAAUCUCAUACUAUAU